AUCGGAAUGGUAAUGUCAGAUUUGCUCCACAACAGAUUUGUUUGCAAUAAAGUAUUUUGUUAGGACGCGUUACACCUGCCACACAUGGAUACGAAGUCCAACGAUGACUCUGGUGGCAGUGAUUCCCUGGACAAAUCAAUGCAAAGGAAGUGUGUAAUGGUUGAGACAAGCGCCACAACAACGGAGCCCGCAGCGGAGACAGACAACUGCAGUAGGGAUUCCGCUGCACUAAGAGAGUCGCCACCUGGCGAACCAAAGACUGAUGUGUCAAGCGCUGAAUCGACCAUUGGUGAAAAUUCGACGGCCUUUAAAAGCAGCAGCAGCAGCAGCAGCAGCAGCAAUAUUAAUACAACGGCAGCAAGUGCUGCAUUUGAGACGAAAGUAAAACUCAUUUCUCAAAACCUCAAAGAGACAACGCUGGCGGAAUCAGAGGCCCCUGCCCCAACAACGAAUACGUCGAACGACGUCGCUGAUGAUUCGCUGAUAGAUGAAGUGGGGGACCAACAUAGUAAUACAGACAGCUGCGAGCAGCGCGUCAAAAAAGUCCGAUUCCAUCCAGACGUCAAGGAAAACGAUGGCGGCAAUCGUGUCAAAAAGAAAAGACGCUCGGCCAAUAAGGCGAGUCUGAGCUGUGAUGGCAUAAAUGUGGAGGACGAUGGCAAGGAGUGCGGCGACGACGCGGAAGAAGAGGAGGAAUUUAAUUUGGCCAAGACAAUUGCCGAGGCGGAUGACUACUUAAAGCAGCAUCCGCUGACGUUUGUACGGCGCGUCGAACAAAAUGGCGAGCGACUCCGCGACGGCCUACUGAACAUUGAGGAUAUGCCACAGCUUGUGGAACGCGAGGUCAGAGCGGAAAGGCGCAACGAAGAUGAUUUCUAUAAGAAAUACAAGCCGGAGAACGGCAUAGAGCGAGUAUUAGGCAAGGAGACAAAGGCGGGCAAGGUUGAGUAUCUGUUGCGAUAUGAGAAUCAUGGAGGUCUGUUUUGGGAAUCAGAGGACUUUAUACGACGCAUGUGUCCAAAUCUAUUAAAGGCCUAUGAGAAGAACCGUGAACGAAGGCAACAACGUUUAAUGCAUCAUGUUGCCAAGCGUCAAAGCCUGCGUCAGCGAUAUACGGAUUUCUAGUAACAUAAAUUCAUAUAGCUUUUAGGAUUCGAAUUAGGUUCCGCAAGUAACUGUAACAUUUUUGUAAUAUGGAGUAAAUGAUUUUCUUUUGUUGAACGAAA